AUGCCGAUCACUCACAUAGUUCUCUUCCAGUUUAAAGCGGGAACUAGCCCCGAUAUCAUUAAAGAUAUUUGCAGUCGCAUGUUAGGCCUGAAAGACACCUGCCUUCACCCUUCGUCCCAGAAACCCUACAUUAGGACUUCAUCUGGUGGCAUAGAUGAUUCUCCUGAAGGCAUCCAGCAUGGCAUCACACAUGCCUUUGUUGUUGAGUUUGCGAGUGCUGCAGACCGAGACUACUAUGUCAAGGAGGAUCCUGUUCAUCAAGAAUUCGUCAAGAGCCUUGAUGGAGUUGUCGAGAAGGCGCAAGCCAUUGACUUCACUCCAGGGGUUUUCUAA